CUACUGCUUGGUUAAAUAUUUCUAACAAACAUGGUACUAAGAUUGAACAUCGAUCAAAUAGCAUUAACAACACGAGAUUGGAUUUGCAAAGUUCAAAUUGUGGAAAUCGGACGCCAAAGAGAAAGCCCUGACAAGAAAUGUAGAUUCCAAAAUUUGAUUUUGGAAGAUGAACAGGAAUGCCAAAUAAAGGCAGUACUGUAUGCCGAUGAAAUUGAACAGUAUGCAGAAAUGCUUAAACUCAUGAAUACCUAUCUCAUCUCUACCGCAAGAGUCAAAAUCUCCCAAAAUUCACACGGCAAGUCGAUACAUAAAUUUUACUGGGUUCUUGACAAAGAAACAGUAAUUGAACAUAUCACGCCAUCUAAUGGAGUUGAGAAACCACUUCCACCACCAACCAAGCUGAAUAUCACAACCUUUGACCGCAUUUCUCACAUGAUGCUUGAUUCUGCUGUUGAAAUCGAUAUACUGGCAAUCGUUUUUCGUUGUGGUCCUCAAAAAUACGCAGGUCGCAGUCGUCAUAAAUGUCGAGAAAUUAUCAUUUGUGACAAUCAGAAAAAUCAAUUUCUCCUCACUCUAUGGGAGGAUUUUGGAGAAAUUGAAGGAAAUGAAAUCGAAGCAAAAAUGGAAAAAGAGAUGGAUCUUAUUGUAAUCCUUGGCAGGAAUAUAGGAAUCUCUAAUUUUCAAGGGUUGUCACUGCAGAGUAGGUACAAUUCAACAAUACGCGUAGCUCCUAAUUACCCACAGGCAGUAGAACUCACCAAAUGGGCAAAAGAAAACAAAUCAAUGUUGUUAAGUCGUGCGUCGGACAAAACCUCAACAAGCUCAUCUGCCCCUCUCAUGGUAUUGACUCCUGCUGGCCAACAAGUUUUCUCUAUUGAAAAUUUUUUUUCAUCACCAACUUCUGUAAGUCAUACUUCAAGCUGA